CGCCAAAGCUCAGACAGCGGCCACUCUUCAGGAUAACAACACGCUGCGGAGGCCCUUUAAACGCACUCCAUAGUCGAUACGGCUACUACACACAUCGGAGUGCUCGAUUUUUCUAUCACUUCAGAGGACUGUUUUCGUCUGUUUCGCUCGAGUCGACACACACAAGUCAGUUUUCAUGCCGGUUUUCUGGAAGCGGGCUACGACUUCACAGUCGUGAGACGACUUUGACGGGCGCGGUGCGGCGGAGUUGGCGCACUGCUGGACUGGAUAUAUUUAUUCGCUUGAAGCCAAGACGGUCCGCACCAGCAUUUAGACUGCGCCCGAAGUCACUUCGCGUCUGAUUUACACUGCUCCUUCUGGCUCCCAGUGGGUGAACAGGGAUCGUCUGCGUCGGCUUUUCAGCUUGAAUAUGUUGUUGUCAAAGUUUGGUUCAUUUUCGCACAUUUGCAACCCGUCAAGCAUGGACCAUCUACCAGUGAAAAUACAGCUCCAGCCGGUUAAAGUGGAAAAGGAGCCCUUCGAGAAGGUUUACCAAGUGGGAUCCGUGCUAGGCAGCGGAGGAUUCGGGACGGUGUACGCCGGCAGCCGGAUCUCUGAUGGCGCACCGGUGGCUGUGAAGCAUGUUGCGAAGGAGAGGGUGACGGAGUGGGGCACAAUUAAUGGAGCUAUGGUGCCUUUGGAGAUUCUGCUGCUGAAGAAGGUCAGCUCGUCGUUUCGCGGAGUUAUCAAAUUGCUGGACUAUUACGAGCGCGCGGACGGCUGGCUGAUCGUCAUGGAGAGGCCGGAGCUCGUCAAGGACCUUUUCGACUUCAUCACCGAGAAGGGCGCCCUGGACGAGGACACGGCUCGGGGCUUUUUCCGCCAGGUUUUGGAGGCGGUCAGACACUGCUACAGCUGCGGCGUAGUACACAGAGACAUCAAAGAUGAGAACCUGCUUGUGGAUCUACGCACCGGGGAGCUCAAGCUUAUUGACUUUGGCUCAGGGGCGAUUCUCAAGGACACAGUCUACACCGAUUUCGAUGGUACAAGAGUGUACAGCCCACCAGAGUGGAUCCGCUUUCAUAGAUACCAUGGUCGCUCGGCAACGGUGUGGUCACUAGGCGUGCUGCUGUACGACAUGGUGUGUGGAGACAUCCCCUUUGAGCAAGACGAGGAGAUCCUCAGAGGGAGACUGUACUUCAGGAGGAGGAUUUCAGCCGAGUGCCAGCAGCUGAUCAAAUGGUGCCUGGCCCUGCGGCCUUCAGACCGGCCCACCCUGGAGCAGAUCUGCGACCACCCCUGGAUGAGGGCGACGACAACUGAGUCGCCCAAGUCACAAGAGGAGCCGGUCGCCGGCGACAUCCGCCUCAGGACCAUCGACACAGACUCUUCGUCAAGCACAAGCUCGAGCAAGGAGAGCCUCUGAGGGCGGCUCUGAUGGACUUGAAAAAGACUUUCUGGGGAAAGAAGGGGUUUGGAUGAAGGGGGUGAUAUGGACUCAAGGCCGGCAGCCUGUCGCCCAGCUGGCCCAUCAGCGGCCGAGCGCUCGACUCAGCUGGUCCGGCAAGAAAAAUGUACUUUAAUUUUCCUCUUUUGUAGGGAAUUUCUAAUUUAUUACUAUUUGUUCUUCCUUAUCUUAUUUUACCCCCAUCCCCUCUUGUUUUCUUUCAGUUGAUUAUCUUGUUUCCUAAUCGGGAACAUUUUUCUGUUUGGGCGGUCUUACCAGCACUAUUUAUUUACCCCUCCUCCCCCUCCCUACUUUUUAACUUUAUUUUACUCAUUUUGUUACUAGGCUGGUAUAUGCAGCUGGCAAGGCCCUCCUAUUCAGACAUGGCUGCUCUCAUAGAGCUUGGAGAAAACCUUUUUAUUUAAAUGUUUUAAUUUUGAUUUUGUAGUGCCUUUUUUUGGAAAGCUGCUUUUUUCUGGGGGGCUUUCGUCAACAAACUCUGUUUUUUGGAUUUGCCCGCGGGCUGGUGGCUAAGUUGCCUGUGCUGUAAUGGAAGGACGGGUUAAGGCUGUGUUUUUAUCCCCCAACCCCCCCUCCCCUCCUCUCCAUCACUGUAAGCCAACCAGCCCCCAGCCAAGAGGCUAAGAUAGCAUUAGAUCGGAGAGAAGGAGGUGGGGGCUCUUCCUGACAAUGGAAUACUUGAAAAAACACUCGACUCAACUCUGUGUCGCUCUCUUUAACGCUGCUCACUCACUCUAUAGCCUAAACAGGUGUUUUGAAACUGGAUCCUGUCUUUUCUGAAUGUCUACAAAAAAUGUCAACACACACACACCUCCCUUCCCCCCACCUUUUUCUCCCCCCUCUCUCUUCACCCCAUGCCUGUUGCGGGGCGUGUGGCCCUCUUGACUUUUCUUUUUGCCUCCCGCCAUCUCACUGCUUGACACUACAUGGCCCCCGCCCCUGGCCUCCCUCAGGGUUUGGGGUGUGAAAUGCACAAUCAAUGCAAUAUUCAUGGACUCAAUUAUGUUGUUGUUGUUUUUUUUUUUUUCAACAAAUAUUGUACAGUGUUUUUUUUUUCUUCUCUUUUUGUGUGUACAUUAUUUUUCCUCCCCAUUUGCAUUUAAUUUAUUUGUAAACAUGUAGACAUUCCACACUCUGUGGCUAUUUAUUUAUUUAUUGUCUAUGCUUAAAAUCCCCUCUAAAUUUUGCAUAUCCUACAUGGCCUUUGGUUUUCAUUCCUAUAACUUAUUUUUACAUUUCGACAUUGGAGUUUUUUUGAGAUGUGGAGGAUGCACUGAAGCAGUUGUCGAUGUAAAGUGGAAUAAAACAAGUUUACUUAAAAUUGAAAAGAGCAUUUGAAUGUUAUUUAACUACUUUAAAAUUAAAAAAAAGUCUGUUGGUAAUGUUGAAUGGCUAAUUAUCAGAGAAAUCCAUCUGGUUUCUGUACUGUCAAUAUUAAUUUAAAAAGAUCUAUGGAAAGCUCAACUACGGGUGGAACAGCUUUCGUAGUUGUCACAUAGCCUCAUAUUGAAGACCUUUCAGUUUAGCUGUGUGACUUGUGGCUGUGAAGGAUGGAUAUUGCUAUUUUUUGAUACAAAAGUUUCAAUUAAACUCCCAUUUUUAUGUACAGAAA